ACCCACUUUGGCUUAACUGGACAAGAUUCUGAUUACAUGGCCUCACGCAUUGAACAUGAAAUGGGCAUGUUCUGUUUGUAAUUUUAUGUAAUGUAACCAACACUGUCCUUUCUUCUGUUCCUGUAGAGUCGCUGUUACUGCAAGAAUAGCGUGAAUUUUAACUUGUGUGCGCUUUAACAGGAAGGUUGUUAACUAAAGUGCCUUGAAGUGUGUGUCAGUGUCUCCUUCUACUUUUCUUUUCUUUUCUUUUUUUUUCUUCUGGGUUGUCUCAAAAGAACCUUGGUUUCCGAGGGUGUUUGUUGUGACUGUUCGUUGCUGCAAAGUUGAAAUAUUUGGGCUGAUUCAUCGUUUCACUCUUUCAGAUGGGUUGUGGUGGCUGAUUUUCGUUGGCAACUUGAGAACUUGAGAUGAAUAGCCAAAAGGGUCGUUAUGAAGAAGAGAUGGGUACCUCAGAGGGGACCGGUAGAGUGGUCGUGGUUGCAGUUAAGGCUUCCAGAGAUAUUUCAAAGACUGCUUUGGUGUGGGCUUUGACUCAUGUUGUUCAACCAGGGGAUUGCAUUAAGCUAUUGGUUGUUAUUCCGGCUCACUCAGCAAGCAAGAGGGUAUGGGGACUUUCAAGAUUUACUACUGAUUGUACCACUAGUCACUGGAGAUCCAGUUUAGGAACUGUUUCAGAUCAGAAAGAAGUUAUUUCAAAUUCCUGUUCUCAAUUAGUGCUUCAACUUCAUGAUUUUUAUGAUCCAGAGAAGAUAAAGAUUAGAGUGAAGAUUCUUUCUGGGUCUUUAUGCGGAGCAGUGGCUGCUGAAGCCAAGAGAGUCCAAUCAAGCUGGGUUAUAUUGGACAAAAAAUUGAAACAUGAAAAGAAAUACUGCAUGGAGCAGCUGCAUUGCAAUAUUGUAAUUAUGAAGCGGUCUCGCCCAAAGAUUCUGCGUUUGAAUUUGAAUAGUUCGCCAAAGAUGGAUCUCAAAAGGGGUUGUUCAUUGACACUGGAGCCAAAUGCGUAUACAAGAAACUUAAAAAACAAAUGUGAAUAUCCAGAUAGAAUUAGAGGUCCAGCUGUUACUCCUGCUAGUAGUCCCGAGCAAGGGUCACCACUAUUGACUGCAACAGAUAUUGGAACAUCAUCAAUAUCAAGCUCAGAUCCUGGGACUUCACCAUUUUUCCACCCCAACAAUUAUGAAAGACAAAGGAGAAGUUUUCCCUUUGUUCAUGAGGGACUGACAAACCUGGAGGAUAUUGAAUCUGAUUCAGAGAGUGAAAAGUUAAGUAUAUCAUCCAAAAGUUCAUAUUUUCAGCCAUGGAUUGCAAAUGUAAUAUGCAUAGAUGGUGAUUUCUCAAAACAUGAGGACAAUAUGCAAAGAUCCAGUGACAAGACUUUGGUUUCUACCUAUGAUACAUUGCUUCAGAAAUUCUCAAAGUUAGAUCAAGAUCCUAUCUUAGGAAUGCUUAAUUGUAAAAUUGAUGUGAACUUAAGCAAGAGUGUUAGAGAAGCAAUUUCACUAGCUAAAAGUUCACCACCUGGACCUCCCCCGUUGUGCUCUGUUUGUCAGCACAAAGCACCUGUAUUUGGGAAUCCACCGAGGUGGUUUACAUUUGCCGAAUUGCAACUUGCUACUGGUGGUUUUUCGCAAGCAAACUUCUUGGCUGAAGGUGGUUUUGGUUCUGUACACCGUGGUGUUCUACCUGAUGGACAGGUCAUAGCUGUUAAGCAGUAUAAAUUAGCCAGUACUCAAGGAGAUAAAGAAUUUUGCUCAGAAGUAGAGGUCUUAAGCUGCGCACAACAUCGUAAUGUUGUGAUGCUAAUUGGUUUCUGUGUGGAGGAUGGAAGAAGAUUGCUAGUUUAUGAAUAUAUCUGCCACGGAUCAUUGGAUUCUCAUCUGUAUGGACGAAAGCAGAAUGUACUGGAAUGGUCUGCACGGCAAAAAAUCGCAGUUGGAGCAGCUCGUGGUUUGAGAUAUCUUCAUGAAGAAUGUAGAGUGGGCUGUAUUGUGCACCGUGACAUGCGACCUAACAAUAUCCUCCUUACUCAUGAUUUUGAAGCUUUAGUGGGAGAUUUUGGACUUGCUAGGUGGCAACCAGAUGGAGAUAUGGGUGUGGAAACCAGGGUGAUAGGAACAUUUGGGUAUUUGGCGCCAGAAUAUGCUCAAAGUGGUCAAAUUACUGAAAAAGCUGAUGUGUACUCAUUUGGAAUAGUAUUGCUGGAGCUUGUUACAGGAAGAAAAGCAGUGGAUAUAAACCGGCCCAAGGGCCAACAAUGCCUAAGUGAAUGGGCGCGCCCAUUGCUUGAAAAACAUGCCAUUCAUAAGCUAGUAGAUCCGAGCUUAAGGAACUGCUAUGUUGAUCAAGAGGUUUAUCGCAUGCUGCAAUGCUCCUCUUUGUGCAUCGGACGGGAUCCUCAUUUAAGGCCUCGAAUGUCUCAGGUGCUCAGGAUGCUGGAAGGUGACAUUCUCAUGUGAUUGCUGAUCACGUAGAUUGCCACGUAGCGACAACGAAGAAGGAUAAUUCGAAGCAUGUAGAUUGCCAUGUCAUCAUUAUGUCUUGUGAGGACUUUCAGAUGAAAAGUUGGAGGUUCUUGGGCGGGUUCGCUUACCCUUUAUCUGUGGACAGUGCAGAAGUUUAAGGCUUCAUGCAGAUUCUUCUGAAUUUUCUUUUGUAAACGGCUUCAAAAUUUUUACUCGUAGAUUUUUAUAUCAGUGUUGUAAAUAUUAUCUUUGAUUUGGUGGAGGGAAGAGAAGCAUAGUUUAACCAAAUUCGAACUCCUGUUAAUUAAUUAGUUCAUUGUACAUGAAAGAAAUUUUGUGAAACACUUGAAUUCUGUUGUGGAUGUGGAGCAAAUAAUUGCUGGCCAUGCAAUUGAGUACUAUUUUGAAGUAGGAAUCAUUGCUUCUUUCAAUCACUCAAUGGAGAAUAUCGCCUGAACUAAAAGCAUUGGAGCAUAACGUGGUGCGACAUGAAACAUGAUAAUCAAUCCUCAGGUUAAGAAAUUCUUAUGGAUCCUGGUUUUUGGCAUUAGCAAAACAUCAUGUGACACUCCAGGUCAAGGCUAGUUGCAAGGUUCGGUAAUUCACAAAGAUUCUAGUAAUUGAGGAACGGUACCCAAUGACAGCGUAAGGUUAGGUACAAUUCUAGUCUCCAAGCCACGCAUUGUCAAGUUGUAUUUCCCAAAACAUUAAUUUACCUUCGAAUAUAGUUCGAAUUU